CAGAUGUCACGAAAAUGGUAUACCUACCGUAUGGUCAAGUGGACUUGCCGUCCCUGAGAUGCUGGGAUGGCAUUCUUCUUUUCUCGUGCUUCGUCGAAGAGCCUUCUCCCUCUUACUUUCGCUUACACACAUAGCCGCCUUGUCUUUUUCUCUGUCUUUUCGCAUGUGAUACCCAUUCGUUCCUGCGCCUUGAGUUGAAAUAUGGAUUAGGCGCUUCUGGUAUUGUCUUACUAUCUCUUUCUUGACCUCGAAAGUAUAUUUUAGCGCUACGACCACGACUACAACCAUAAGAUCAAGGGCAUGGGAUAUCUCGCCCGAGUUGCGCGACCGCUGGUGGUCUGCGCUCUCGGUAUUCUGCCCUUUGUUGGGGCGACCAGUAUUUUGACAUUCAGCGACCGGAGCUGUAGCACGUUGAGAAAUACAAUCAAUGUGAAGGAUGCCACCGGGUCGGGAGAAUGCAUGAAGAUCACCUCGGGGUUUACGAGCUUCAUGAUUGGGACCUUGGGUGAUGGCUGCUCAGUCACUAUCUACGGCGAUGAUCCUAAAGACCCCAUUUGUUCAGCUACAAAUAAUACAAUUGCUGAGCCUUUAGUCUGUUAUAACUCUACGUGGGCUUAUUUCAGCGUCGACCUUUGUUCUCCAAGGUCAUCUAGCUUAACAACAUCCACAUCCACAUCCACAUCGUCGGCAACGGCGACGACGACGAUGACUACCCCAACGACAGCAUCCGAAUCUAGCUCUAAUAAUGUUAAUGUUGGUGCCGUCGUAGGCGGUACGAUCUCGGGUGUGUUUGUUCUUGCUAUUAUAGCUGGAGCAGGUCUCUACUUUUUCUGGUUUCGGCCAAGACAGCAAAGACAAAUGGCGGAGCUACCUGCGCACUCAGCUACAUCCCCCGGAGGAGGGGAGAAUGAAGCUUAUAUGAUGAAAGACUAUUACGCAAAGAGCAACCAAUACAAACCUCUUCCCGAAGAACCGCAACCGGUACACGAGCUAUCGCCUCAAUAUAUAGCCGAAGUACAUGAACAGACACACGAGCGCCACGAGUUGCCACCUUGAUGUACUAUAAUCAGGGAAAGGAAAAAAGAAAUGAUUUUAGCGAAAAGUUUCAGUCCGAGUCACCACGUCGAGAAAUCGUACUUCACAUGGCGCAAUACUAGAUACCACUGAAACAGGACAGUUUCCAACAUUACGAAUAUUGCGAGGCUGCAGGAACCUCGCAAACCGCACAAUCUCAACAGUUAUUCCCGAACACGCACCAUACUAAUAUAUUAAAGUGGAGGAAUCUUUGGUAUGCCGUCUACUCCACCGAUCAAGUCAUGAGGUUAGAGAGCCGA